AUGAAGGUGCCAUUGUCACUGGUGGAUGUGACAGUAGCCUUCAGUAGGGAGGAAUGGCAGCACUUGGACCUUGCUCAGAGACACCUGUACUGGUACGUGCCACUGGAGAACUACUGCCACCUGCUAUCUGUGGUCCUGUACCAUGUCCUGUUACUUGGGUACCAAGUUCCCAAAGCAGAAGCCAUCUUCAAGUCGAAGCAGGGAGAGGGCCCAUGGCUGUUGGAAGGGAAGCCCCACACGAGAGCUAUUUAUGUGGGUGAAGAUAUCAGGAAAAGUCAACAACAGGGAAUUUCUGGAGAAGUUUCAUUCCACUGUGAGAGAUUCGAUAGACUCACAGGAGAAAAUUUGUUGUGUUCCAUCUUAGAACUGUGGCAAGAGAAAGACCAGCUACAGAGAUAUCAGGAAAACCAGAUUAACCCUUUAAAUCAUUUCAUAGUAUUUAUUAAGGAGAGGGGCUAUGAAUGUCAAAACAUCGAAAAAAUAAUUCAUUUGACUACCAAGCUUGUUCCUUCAAUUAAAAGACUCCAUAACUGUGACACAUUUGUAAAGAGUUUGAAGCAUACUUUAAACUCACAUAGUCAUAAUAGAAGCACUACAACAAAGAACCAUGAUAAGUUUUUGGGAGAUGGUAGCAGUUGUUCUUCCUCUAGAAAGAAUGAGCAUACCAACACAGGAGCAAGUUCCUGUGAAUGCAAUCAUUGUGAAAAAUGCCUCAAUCACAAACAAGCUUACAUCCACGGGCAGCAAAGUUAUCCUGGGGAGAAACUUCAUAUAUGUACUGGAUUUGGAAAGGACUUCACCCAGAAGUCACAUCUUUUUGAACAUGAAAAAAUUCAUGCUGGAGAAAAAUCCUGUGAAUACAGCAAAAGUGAGCAAGUGUGCAAUCUGAAGGCACAGAUUGAACCUCACCAGGGUGUUCACAGAGGUGAGAAGCCCUACAUACGUCCUCAGUGUGGGAAGUCCUUUACCCUCAAGUCUAAUCUCAUUACUCAUCAAAAAAUCCACACUGGGCAGAAACCCUACAAAUGCAGCCUGUGUGGUAAAGCCUUUUUCCAAAAAUCCGAUCUCUUCAGACAUCUGAGGAUUCAUACAGGAGAAAAACCUUAUCAAUGCAGUGAAUGUGGAAAAGGCUUCUCCCAGAAUUCAGACCUCAUUAUACAUCAGAAAACUCACACUGGAGAGAAGCACUAUGCAUGUGGGGAAUGUGAGAAAACGUUCACAAGAAAGUCAGCACUCCGGAUGCAUCAGCGGAUCCACACGGGAGAGAAACCUUAUGUGUGCACUGAAUGUGGGAAGGCCUUCAUCCAGAAAUCACACUUCAACAUGCAUCAGCGAAUUCACACUGGUGAAAAACCUUAUGAAUGCAGUGACUGUGGGAAGUUAUUCACCAAAAAGUCACAACUCUAUGUGCAUCAGAGAAUUCACACAGGAGAGAAGCCUUUUAUAUGUACAGAGUGUGGAAAGGACUUCACUCAUUGGACAAGUCUUACUACACAUCAGAAAACUCACAUUGGAGAAAAACCUUAUAUGUGUGCAGAAUGUGGGAAGGCUUUUACUGAUCAGUCUAAUCUCAUCAAACACCAGAAAACUCAUACUGGAGAGAAACCCUAUAAAUGCAAUGGCUGUGGAAAAGCAUUCAUAUGGAAGUCACAUCUCAAAAUCCAUCAAAAAUCUCAUAUCGGAGAGAGACAAUAUGAAUGCAAGGAAUGUGGGAAAGCAUUCAUCCAGAAAUCAACACUAAGUGUGCAUCAGAGGAUCCACACUGGAGAGAAACCCUAUGUCUGUCCUGAGUGUAGGAAGGCCUUCAUCCAGAAAUCGCACUUCAUUGCACAUCACAGGAUUCAUACUGGGGAGAAGCCAUAUGAAUGCAGUGACUGUGGAAAAUGCUUCACUAAAAAGUCACAGCUCCAGGUGCAUCAGAAAAUUCACACAGGUGAGAAACCCAAUGUGUGUGCUGAAUGCAGAAAGGCUUUCACUGACCGAUCCAAUCUUAUAACACACCAGAAAAUCCAUACUAGGGAGAAACCCUAUACAUGCAGUGACUGUGGUAAAACCUUCAUCUGGAAGUCAUGCCUCAAUAUACAUCAGAAGUCCCACACUGGGGAGAGACACUAUGAAUGCAGGAAAUGUGGGAAAGCAUUCAUCCAGAAUAUGACAAUCAGUACGCAUCAGAUAAUUCAUACAGAAAGGAAGCCGUACACUUGUGCAGAAUGUCAGAAGGCCUUCACUCACAGGUCAAAUCUCAUUAAACAUCAGAAAAUACACAGUGGAGAAAAAUUUUGUAAUAAAGCUGGUGACUGA